GCCCAUUCAUUUGAGGACACGCACCAGUUCUCACGCAAAUGUCCGUCUGUCCUGCGGUUUUCUCUUGGCGAGUCCAUUUCUGAGGAUCCUGGGUGAGGGGGCCAGAACCACAGAACCAUCUAAUCCUCAAAGGAAACCCACGUGACUUUGUUUCAUGACUUUACCUUGCAUUAACAUUUUGGCAGAUUCAAUCCGAUAGCACUGGACCAGAUGACAGUACAGGUGGAAAUGCAUUCAAGACGUCCUGGGAUGAUCAGGGACGCAGUGUGACCAAAUGGAACAAGUGUAAAUAUACCAGAUGAACCUUCCUAGUGAGGAAACAAUAUCCCCUCAGAUGGACCUGGAGGCCUCUCUGAAGGAAUGCGGCGCCGCCCUCGACCUCUUUCUGAACAACAGGUUUGCUGAUGCACUGGCUGUCUUGAAACCCUGGAAGAGACAGAGCAUGUACCACGCCAUGGGCUACAGCAGCAUCUUGGUGAUGCAGGCAGGCAUGACCUUUGACCCAACCGAUAUGGAUGCCGCCAUGACGUCACUGAGAGAAUCCCUGCAGACCUGUCAGGGAUUUCGGAAAAAGACGGGAUUCGUGGAGACUCUGACCAGCAUGUGGUACAGACAACCAGCUGACACUAUGACAGAGGAGGAGGUGCAUGCGGAGCUGUGCUAUGCUGAGGUUCUGCUCCAGAAGGCAGCACUCACCUUCCUGGAUGAGAGUAUCAUCGGCUUCAUCAAGGGCGGAAUGAGAAUACGCAACAGUUAUCAGAUUUACAAGGAUUGCCAGGCCAUGGCCCUUGUUGCAAAAGAACUGGAGAAACAGAAGAGUACACACGUUCAUUUUCGAGGAGGCGUCAACAUGGGCAUUGGAUCCUUUAACCUGAUGCUGUCUCUGCUUCCAGCCAGAGUCAUCAGGCUGAUGGAGUAUUUGGGCUUCUCAGGAGACAGGGAGCUGGGCUUGUCGCAGUUGAGAGAAGGAGCAACCAGCAAUAGCCUGCGCUCGAUCCUCAGCACCCUGACCCUGCUGAUGUUUCAUCUCUACAUCACAGUCAUACUCGGUACUGGUGAAGGAGACCUGGUUGAGUCUGAAGCUUUGCUCGAACCCUACAUCAAAAAGUUCCCGAAUGGGGCGCUCAUUCUUUUCUACACUGCCAGAAUUGCAUUGCUCAAAGGAAACUUCACCUUUGCCCAGGAGACGUUCCUGGCGUGUAUCGCAGCACAGCAGGAGUGGAAUCAGAUCCACCACCUCUGCUACUGGGAGCUGAUGUGGGCCUACUCCUUUGAACAGAACUGGAAGGAGGCGUAUCGAUACGCUGACCUCCUCUGCAAGGAGAGCAAGUGGUCCCAGGCUACUUAUGUGUACCAGAAGGCCGCCAUCUUGAGCAUGCUCCCAGAGGAAGACGUGACCGAGCUGGGAGAAGACGUGGUGGACUUAUUCAGAAAGGUGGAUGGUCUCAGACUGAGGAUCGCUGGGAAAUCCAUUCCAACAGAGAAGUUUGCAGCAAAGAAGGCCCAGCGAUACUCGUCCUCCAGCCCUGUGAAACCGGUCAUCCCUGCAUUGGAAAUGAUGUACGUGUGGAACGGCUUCACAAUAGUUGGAAAAAGGCCUGAGCAGACUGAAGGCAUCUUGAACACCUUGGAAAAAGCAGAGCAGCAGCUCCGAGAUGAUCCAAACCCAUCGGAGUAUCACGUAGACGACCUGUGUGUCGUCCAGCUGCUGAAGGGCUUGUGUCUCAGAGAGUUGGGUCGUCUGGUCCAGGCUGAGAAGUGCUUCAACCAGGUCAUCUCCAGUGAAAAUAUCAUCAAGCACGACAACUACCUGGUGCCGUACAGCAUGUAUGAGUUGGGCCUGGUGCACAGGCAGAAAGGUGACAUCAAGAUGGCCAUCUCAGUGAUCGAGAAUGUCAAGCUGAACUACAAAGACUACAACAUGGAGUCCAGGCUUCAUUUCCGCAUCCAUGCUGCGCUCAACACAAUGGGCUCCUAUUCGGCCAAACUCAUCCCUUCGCGUACUCCAGCAUAAAGAUCCCAGGGAAAGGAGCAGGUGAAGCCGGAGACUCUUGCCCUCAAUUCUCUGUGCGUCCCUACGCUGUGUUGUGACUGAACUUGACCUCGUCCAGAUGGGGCCUAAACACAGCCAUUACAGAGCGAUGUCUAAAAAGUACAAAACUGGUCUAAAAAUAAAUCUGUAGAAGCAACCUCGGAUGUUGAUCUACUGAACUUCCCUAAAAAUGUUUCCAUUGAAUCACACUACAGCUUGUCAACACUUCAUAUUCAGAGAUUUUACUUGUCUGUUGUUUUUACAUUAAAUCAACUCAUUCUUGAGAUUAGAAUGAUGAUGCUAUUUUUAUAAAGGUUCAUGUUUUAGUACAGUUUAGCCUGUUAAAAUGAAUAUUGUUGUUAGUAACUCAUUUGUUUGAGUCCUGUAAUUAAAUGACAUACAGACAAACACUUUGUCUAUAUGCAAAGUGUUUGCAGGGGAGAGCGUGGCCUAGGGGAUAGAGCGGGUGCUCUGCAACAAGAAGAGCACCCGUUCGAAUCUCACUCUAUCCCAUCUGCAUGCCUAAGUGUCCUUGGCAAGAUACUGAACCCUCAGAUGGCCCCUCAUAAACUGAUGAGUGUUCUAAAAAAAAUGUAAGUCGCUUUGGAUAAAAGCGUCAGCUAAAUGACAUGUAA